CUGGGCCUGAGCCCUAGGGCUCGCCCUUUCUGUCCUUCAUAACGUAACUGCCGCCCCAUUCCUUGCGUGUCCAUCGCGAGUCCCUCUCCAACUGCCUCGUCCAAAGGGAGUGGCUUCCUGUGCUCUUGAGUUUCUUUCUCCCCUUCACCAAACCCCCUCCUGUACCCAGCAUCUCGCUGCACCGUACUUACCUCCAGAGCCGCGUCGCCAAGUAUUCUGACCAGUUGUCCUUCCGUUGCUGAGGACAUGGAGGACUGGGAGUCCUGGGACCGUUGGGCACGGUAUGAUCAUGAUGGCAUCGCUGAAUACCGAACCACCCUAGAGCAAGUCCGGGUCGACCUGGUAGCUUCGGGUCAUAUCAUUGACGGCCAAAACCAGCCCUCACGAAAACUGGAAGCACUUUUCGACUCGGUGCCUUUCUUUAGCGACGAUGAUGUUGAUGAUGUUGUUCCUCUCGUUGACGAAUGGUUUCAGCCGCUCUCCCUAUCGCUCCAUGACCUCGAUUCCGCCGUCGAAUCCGGCCUCGGCUCCGCUCUCGACUCCGAACUCGACCCUCCUGACAAGACCGCUGCCACCUUCCUGCACCAUUUCGAUCACGGCACCCCCGCCUCUCCCGACGCUCACAAUCUCGCCGAAGCCGCCCUCACGAGCCUCUCACGUCCUGUUCUCGACUUGAAGCUAGAGCUUCCUCUACUCAAGAGCGACCCUCAACUUGAUUUCAGACAGUUUCUCGCUGAAUUCGCGGCCGAGUCGCGGCCCAACCCCUUGCACGCAUCUAUCUCUAUUUUACCCUGCGAGCCUGUUGACGAUCAUGAAGACGCUGGCUUGGAGUUUCCUCGCUCGUCUGAAGUCUUUCGCCGGCGUCUCGAUGACGAGCUGCAGCAUGAGGUCCUCGACUACUCCGAGGAGCAUCUCGUGCUUGUGACCGAAAUUCAAUACAUCGAACCUGCUCCUAUGGACCUGUCCUCGUUCAUUCUUACCCAGCUGGACCAACGUGAUGAUAAACCCGAGGCUCUUACACCUCCUUUACUGCCGGUCUCCGGUAGCCCUGAGCCUUUCAUUCCCUCCCAGUCGGAUGCCAGUGUACCCUUUCUCUCCGAUCCAUCCACUCUCAUGGAUGAAGACUUGGAAAAGAUCAUGGGUGAUGCCUUGGACGAAGACCGACAGCUAUCAGGAGAUGUGACAGUCUUACUCCCCAGCACCCCUCCGGAGCUCUUCGAUGCUCCUUUGGCGGCCCACCACGCCAAGAUGUCGGAUCUGAUGUUGGAGCCCCCUGUCCUGUCUGGAUAUGUCCGGUCUUCUUCGAUACAUGCAGCUAAUGGAUCUUCCGUCGAUAUCGAUGCCUCUAUCGGAGAAGGCUUACGUAGCUCUCCCCGGGCGCAAGGCGUCGCGGACGACGCGGAAUUUUCCGUUGCUGAUGAAAAGUGGCUAUUCGAGCUCAUCGAACACAACCGUGAGCAGGUAAUUCAAGAGGUUGCUCAAGAGUAUCUGGAUCCCCUUGAUGGGACUGCUAGAAUUCCCGUCCCGGUGCUCGAUCUCGAGAUUCCUGACCCAGACUGGAAGACGCACACUGCCACUUCCGAGGCAAUGUUUUCGUACCUCACCCAGGCUUACAGCCUUCACUUCAACGCCAAGCCUUGCAAAAGAGACUUUCGACUUGACAAGGAGCUCCGCUGGAUUCCUUUCCCGCCUAACGCUGCCAUAGUAAACUUGGAAGAAACCAUUGGCGACGUCGCUGAAGUCGUGCAACAGCUCGAGCUAUCCACCCGCUCACCUAGCCCUAGGAACGCGGAUUGCAUCCCGCCGAGACCUGGUCUACGGUUCAUCGACCCGGAUGAUGUGGACGAACCCAUUCUAGAGCACGACCGAGAGAGCACGGCCGAGCUGGACGGUGAAAUGAACGUUUCGAUCCCUCGCGGUCUAUUCGUCGCCACACCCCCAAGCGAUGAUGACGAUGAUGACCUUAUGGCCUUGGUCAGGAAGCGAAAAUCCGACGCUACAAGUUGGAAUGCGCUCUCUGUUCAAAAUGCUUCGUCGUCGAACACGCCACUGUCCAGUCUUGACACCCCGCAUAGGGAUCCCCUGUUCACCAGUAAGAAUGAUCCUUACGCAACAGAGAAGUUGCUCUCAAGCUACAUUAACCUGCGAGCUCCCAAAAAGGUCAAGUUAACCACCAGUGAACAUUUCCCGUCGGAUCCUCUUCGAACGAGAAAACAAUCCACAGUAACCAACUCACGGAUUUCCGAAACUGAGCCGGCGCCAUGUCGCUGGACAGCCCCCGGCCCCCAGUUGGAUCCUCCUGCGGAGCCCGUUCGUCUCAUCAUCUCAACGACAACACCGCGAAGUCUUAUGUCGAGCCUCCGCAAUCACCUACGAGGGGUAGAGCUCUUGGACCGCGACUUGAGCCUCGAGAGUUCUUGCAAUUUCCCUUGCCAAAAUUUUGACCGCAAAGGUGUUAAUAUUUUGCCGCUCAUUUUUGAAGCUGAUAUCAUAAUUUCUCCUUCAACCGGGAUCAUUGCUACCACACUUCUCAAAGUCCGCCAAAAGCCUCUUCCGGGAUCUGGAAGCACCAUGUCGAAGAUAUGCGAACGUAUCGCAAAGGUUGCUCCCUUGUACGAAAGGCUGAUCGUUCUCGUGUCUGAAAAUGCCCAGGACGAGACAGCUGGACCUCUGUCCGAAACCGACGCCCAUGCCUAUUCUGACUUUGUCCUUUCUACCAUGUCUCUUGAGGGUACUACUAGUGUACAGACCUUUUAUGUUCCCGGUGGGCCCCGAACAUUGGGGGCCUGGGCUACAUGGAUUCUAUGCGCGAACUUGCCUCCGGCCCAGGUGCAGAAGAUGCUGUCCGGAGAAGAGACGAAGUGGGAGGGCUUCUUCCGCGCUGCCGGCGUGAACGUCUAUGCGGCACAGGUCCUGAGUCUUUGUCUAGAAGAGAGAUACGGUGGAGAGGGCUUGAUGAGGUUCCUUCAGCUGUCGAAAGACGAAAAGGUCGCUGCUUUUGAAGGCCCCAUCUUCAGUACCGAACUGCUGAAACGAGUGUCGGAACACUUGCAUAGACGCUUGGGAUGAUGAUACGCUCAGGAGGUAUCUCGCAUCUGAUCGUUUUCUAGCACUUACAUACCUUGCAGCUUGCUCCGGAUCCUCGACUUGACAGUGCUGCUGGGCUUUAAGCCCUUGCUUCUGCUUGCUUCCCUUCUGCAAGGAGCCUUUUCAAUCCAAAGCGUCUAGUCGUGGGAG